AUGUCAGCCCUUCCUCCAGCAAAACAGCUCGACAAUGCCUCUGCAACAGCUCCUUCUCCUUCCAACAACAACAACAACAACCCUGUUAACGGCCAACCUGCCCAAACUGCUUCAGCAGCAUCAACAGCUGUGAAACAGGACCAACCAUCCAAUAACAACAACAACGCUAACGCGAACAACGCAAACAACAGCCCUUUAACAGGUUCAUCAUCUACUGCUAACGCUGGUCUACAAGGCGCUCAUGCCCAAAACACCGUUCCUGUUUCAAAUCAAAACAACCAGGGCUUGCAACAUCCUGGUCAACAACAGGAGGAUCAGUACAGAUAUGCUCAACAACAACAACAACAGCAGCAACAAUAUUCUUAUUACUAUCAACAACAGCAGCAACAGCAACAACAACCUAUGUACAACUCCCAAUUCCAAAGUUCAUACCCUUCUUACUACCAAUCUGCUCUCGGAUCAACUCCUAUUAACGCUGCAACUGCUGGUGGUGCUACUGCUGGAAAUGCUCAAUACAAUCAAGCUUAUCCAGAUUAUAACUAUCAAAGAUAUAGUUAUGUUCAAAACUAUGCUCCUCCUCAUCAACAAUCCCAACAAUACUACAAUUCCCAGCCUUCAAUUAAUUCCACCCCUUCCCAAUCGAAUCAACAGUCUAAUGCUACUAGUGCUCAAACCGCUUCCACUUCUACUGCUCCAACUACUGCUCCAACUGCUCCUGCUACCACAACAUCAGCUACUUCAAGUGCAACUCCAAUUCCUCAACAAACAAUGGCUUCAAUUCCACCUCAAACUUAUUCUACCCAGCCAACUUCCACUGUAGGUCAAAUUCAACCUGUUGGCUCAAGACCAAGAGUAACAACAACUAUGUGGGAAGAUGAAAAAACAUUAUGUUAUCAAGUUGAUGCUAAUGGUGUCUCAGUUGUGAGAAGAGCUGAUAAUAAUAUGAUCAAUGGUACCAAAUUACUAAAUGUGGCUCAUAUGACUAGAGGUCGUAGAGAUGGGAUAUUGAAAAGUGAAAAAAUUAGAGAUGUUGUUAAAAUUGGUUCAAUGCAUCUAAAAGGUGUUUGGAUUCCUUUUGAUCGUGCUCUGGCUAUGGCUCAAAGAGAAGGUAUUGUCGAUUUGUUAUACCCAUUGUUUGUCAGAGAUAUUAAACAAGUUAUUCAACAAGGUUCAACUACUCAACCAAACGCUAAUCCUCAAUGGCAAUAUCCUCCUGUUCCACAAUCAGUUCCAGGCACAAAUUAUCAGCAACAACAACCCCAAUUACAAUCAGCAUAUUCAGCACAAUCAGUACCACAAACUCAAUCACAAACACCAACUCAACAACAACAACAAUCUCAAGCUCAAUCUCAAUCCCAAGGUCAACAACAACCAGCACAGAAACUUUCACCAUAUUUAACACCAACUUCUUUAUCAAAUGCAUCAUUACCACAAGACAAUAAAUCAAAUGUUAUCGGUAAUGCAACUAAUACAUCAACUGGUAAUUCAAACGCACCAACUUCAAGUGUUCCACCACAACAACAACAACAAAAUUAUUAUAACACCCAGUAUCCAAAUUAUUAUCCAUAUCAAUACGCAACUACUGGUGUUUCAACAGGUCCACAAAUCCAACAACAACCUGCUCAAGCUCAACAAAAUGGAAAUGUACCAAUGUACCAAUAUCAACAAAAUUAUGGAUAUGGUUAUUUACCACAAUAUGGCCAAGCUGGUUCAAAUGAUGAACAAAAAUAG